AGAGUGCAGGCACUUCCAGAACUAGCAUACAGCAUCAUUUCCAUCCACAGCAGCGUCUUCUGAAACUGCUUUCCCCAUCUGACACUGUCUAAUGUUACCCCUCCUCCCACCCAAGCCUCCUCCUCUCUUGGCCAUCUCUAGCCCCAGCUAGCUGGCACGGAAAUCCGAGUCAUCAUCUGCAAGGCAAAGCCAGGGAGAAGUACUGCAGGCAGUCUCUGCUUUAGACAUCUUUACACAGAAGAAUAGAACAAGGCCAUGUCAGUGAUUUACAGUGAAGUUGCAGGUGAUGACAACACCAAUGACAGCUUCUGGAUGCCUAACAACUACGGCACCACAGUAAAGAGGACGGAAGAUGGCUUUAGGCUGUGUGAUGACAUCAUAGCUUGUUUCCAAGACAGAGCCAAAAUAGAGAAGCAGUACGCUCUGCAAAUGGAUGAUUGGACACGCAAAUGGAAACCACUAAUAGACAGCAGCCCCAUGUAUGGCUCUCUCUUGCGUGCCUGGAAAUCCUUUAUGAUGACCACAGAAAAGCUCAGUGCGCUACAUGUGCAAAUCCAGAAGACAUUGAUGACAGAUGACACUGACAGAAUACACAACUGGCAAAAGGAAACCUAUCGCCGUAAGAUAUUUGGUGGCUUCAAGGAGUCCUGUGAGAUAGAUAAUGGCUUCCACAAGGCACAAAAACCAUGGGCAAAGAAAUUAAAGAAGCUUGAGAAGGCAAAGGCAGCAUACCACAAAGCAUGCAAAAAGGAACAUUUAGCAAGUGUCAGAGAGAACAAUGGAAAGAUCAACCCAGAAUUUUCUCUAGACAAGCAGAAGAAGCUCACAGAAGAUCGUGAAAAAUUUGAACAGGACAAGGACAAGGUAAGGCAAAGGUACGAUAAGGCCCUACAAGAACUCAAUAAAUAUAAUCCCAAGUAUAUGGAAGAAAUGGAAACUGUAUUUGACCAAAGCCAGCAACUGGAGCAGAAGAAAAUACUCUUUCUCAAACAAGCACUGCUAUCGAUACACAAACACCUUGACAUUACCAAUAAUGAGAGCAUUAUGACUGUCUAUGGCGACUUGAACCAGGCCAUUAUGGCAGUCAGCGACCAGGAAGAUUUGAAGUGGUGGAGGAACCGGCAUGGCCCUGGGAUGUUAAUGAAUUGGCCUCAAAUAGAGGAGUGGAAUCCAGACAUAGAGCAACAGAUAGUGAGAAAGAAGAAAGUGAAAGAGGAUAACGUGAAGUUACACAGUGUGACUCCCACUGAGACCAGUAUGAAUAGACCACCAAUAAACGUGCCCGGGGUCCGAGUUCGAGCUGUGUAUGAUUAUUCUGGACAGGAGACUGAUGAGCUCAGCUUCAAAGCAGGUGAUGAACUCACAAAGAUCGAAGAUGAAGAUGAACAAGGUUGGUGCAAAGGAGUUACAGACCGUGGCCAAGUUGGAUUGUAUCCUGCCAACUAUGUUGAAGUUAUUGCUGGAUAGAGAAUUAGUGCUGUACAGGUGGAAACCAGUAUGUGACAUAUAAAAAGGACAGUCAGAUCUACAGGGACCGUG